AUGCCAAAGAAUAAGGGAAAGGGUGGUAAAAAUCGCCGGAGAGGUAAAAAUGAGAAUGACAUAAUGAAAAGAGAAUUAAUAUAUAAAGAACCAGGACAAGAAUAUGCACAAGUAAUUAAAAUGUUGGGUAACGGUCGGCUGAAUGCAAAUUGCUUCGAUGGUAAACCGCGCCUAUGUCAUAUUAGAGGAAAAUUACGUAAAAAAGUAUGGAUUAACACUGGCGAUAUUAUACUGAUUGGUCUCAGAGAUUAUCAGGAUGAUAAGGCUGAUGUUAUUUUAAAAUACAAUCCCGAUGAAGCCAGGAAUUUAAAAGCAUGUGGGCAGUUACCCGAAAAUGCGAAAUUGAAUGAAGGCGGUGAUGAUCUUGAUGAGGGUGGAGUUGAAUUCGCUGAUACGGGUGCACUGUCAGACGAAGAUAAUGAAGGUUCUGGUAAUGAGGAUCUUCCAUCAAUUGGAUCUGAUUCCGAUGAAGAUGAAGACGAUGAAGAGGAAGAAAGCGAAGACAGUGAUGAUGAUAGAAUAACAGAAGAGAGAUUGGCUAGAAGUUAUGUUAAGCCAGGAGCAAGAGAUCGUCCCCAAAAAAAGAAUAAAUGGUAA